AUAGUGAUGGCGUCAAAUGGACAUUUCUUAACACAGAUACCACAACCAAUACACAAAGUUUCGGAAAUGAAAGCGAUCUUGGAUGCUGGAGUGACUUCAAUACACAACUUCCCGGUCUUGACUACGGGACAACUCUUUCUACAUUCUUGCUUACACUUUUUUGGCUUACAUCUGUCAGUGGAAACAAUAGCAAUUCUUUCGUUCUUGGAACUGGUUUCACCCUUUGUGUUAUUCUUUGCUCGAGCACUCAUCUUGAUAUGUCUCUUAAGUAGCGAUUAUUGUUUAAGUGUAGGCUGA